AGGUCCUUAUUAGCCGGUAUUGGACAAGUUACUAAAUCUCUUGAUUGAAUAUGACCAUGAGCAGAACAGAAAGCGAGUCAAGAGUUAAACAGACACAUCCAUGUCACUGACAUCUGCAAAUACUGCAUUGGUCUACUCUUUCACUUAAAGCAUUAACUUAUACUUUUAUCAAUCAGUUUCUCAGUUGGGGGGAUCUGGUGUUAAUGUAGCAGCAGACUAAGCUCUGAUCUGGGCUGGCUCGGUAGUUAACCCAGCACUGGCGUAACUGUGUUUCAGUUUCCUGUCAUUUAAGUGAUUUUACAAUGCUUUCUUGAUCGGACACUUGAGGAGUAUUUUGCUCAAGGGUACAGCAGCAGCCGUCUUAUCCACCUGGGAUUUGAACACAACACUCUGGUCUAGAGCCUUUUUUUUCAUACAAUCAGCGAAGAAAAAUGGUAGUAAUUUAAAUUUUAUGUGUGCCCUAUAAAUGGUAAAACGGAAGAACUGGGUCAACAUAAUUUUACCAUGGAAAAUAGUUUCAAUUAAUCUUGAAAGACUGGUUGUAAGUAAAAGCAAAACAACAGCUUCUGACAAUCAGGUUUAUUUAUUUUUCACACAAGUCUUCAGAAAGUGCAUCGAGUCACAGAGACAUUCUGCUUCUUUUCCUAAACUCAAGACAAGCAUCCACAAGUAGAAGGAAAUGGAGACAGUGGGGAAAUUUGAGUACAGCAUGAAAGAUGUCCUAGGACAAGGUGCAUUUGGUAUGGUAUUUAAGGGAAGGCACAAAGAGAAAAACGGUGAAGUUGCCAUCAAAUGUAUACACACGAAAAACCUCUCUUUUGAUCAAACUUACUGGACACAGUUAGACAGGGAGAUACAGAUUUUAAAGGGGCUGAAACAUGACAAUUUUGUGAGAUUGUAUGAUUUCCAGAAAACAUCUAGUUGUGUCUAUCUGGUGAUGGAGUAUUGCAAUGGAGGGGAUCUGGCAGACUACCUGAAAUCCAAAGGGCCCCUAAAUGAGGACACAAUCCGUCUGUUCCUGCAGCAGAUCACAUCUGCCAUGAAGGUGCUGCAGAGCAAGGGAGUCAUCCACCGAGACCUCAAACCACAGAACAUCCUGCUGGCCCUUACAGGAGGGGACAAAUCCAACCCCAGAAACAUUCGCUUGAAGAUUGCCGACUUUGGGUUAGCCAGAUUCCAGCCAACCAAUAUGAUGGCACUUACAAUGUGUGGUACUCCUCUGUACAUGGCUCCUGAAGUUAUAAUGGCCAAGACCUAUGAUGCAAAAGUUGAUCUAUGGAGUAUAGGAAUCAUAGUGUACCAAUGUCUGACUGGCCAGGUCCCAUUUCAGGCUAGCAACCCUCAAGAGCUCUGUCGCCUCUUUGAGAAACACAAGAACUUGACUCCCAACAUCCCACAGGGGAUCUCCACUCACUUGCACCACCUACUGUGCGGGCUGUUGCAGUGCAAUCCUAAAGAUCGCAUUGAAUUUGAUACAUUUUUCAGACACCCAUUCCUCGGAGUGAGCUCACCCAAGAAAAAUUCAAAAGAAGCUGCCGUUCAAAGUCGACAGGCUCCAGAGCCAAAGACCAGAGCUGACUUUUUAAAAUAUUACUGUCAGCUCACACUGGACCCCAACACAGCACAUAGAGAGCUCUGUCUGUCUGAAGGGAACAGAAAGGUAACACGACGGAGAGAGGUCCAGCCAUAUCCUGAUCACCCAGAUAGAUUUGACAUCUUGUACCAAGUGCUUUGCAAAGAGGGUUUGUCUGGGUCUCCCUGCUACUGGGAGAUUGAGUGGAGUGGCAGGGAGGGGGUAGAUAUAGGAGUCGCAUAUAAAGGAAUCAACCCGAAAGGAGAGGACAUUUCCUUUCAGCUUGGACACAAUAACAAGUCCUGGAAAUUGUUCUGCUGUGAUUCCAGGUACUCUGCCUGGCAGAAUAACAAUGUAUCUGAAGUAAAAUUAUUCCGCUCCCCCAGAAUAGGGGUAUAUCUGGACUUUACUGCCGGCACACUAUCAUUUUAUGGAGUCUCUGGAGACAAAAUGACCCCCCUGCACAGAUUCCAAACCACAUUUACUGAGAAACUCUAUCCUGGGUUUUAUAUUUAUUCUGAUUCCAGUGUAACAGUCUGCAAGCUGAAGUAGCCGUCUGUUUAGUGUUUGAAUGAAGAGGUUCAUUUCUGAGUGAAUUUCUGUUGACUUUCUUUUUUCUGCAUAGCAAUGGCCUUCAGUGGAAGGUUGCUGGACUCUCAAGCUUAGUAAAACUGUCUCCCACAAUAAGAAUGUGUACUCACUUCCACAGCAUCUUCUUAUCACAAGGACUGGUGUCAGCUAGUUUGUAACUUAUCUUGAGGAAGAAGUUUUGAAGUCACAACACUCUUUGUCUUGCAGAACUUUCUGUUCAAACCUGUGAUGUUCUUUUAGUACAUACUUAUUCUUUGCUUAGUAUCACCACUAACAUGUUUAUAUGUGCUUGUAAUUGUAGUCAGCUUUAAGACAGUUUGUACACUGUUAUUCCCUGGCUCAUUGAAUAAAGUACUUUGUAGUUGGCAACCUGCCUGGGGUCCUGAGUC